CGUCACACAUCGAUCGCGCGAAACAAAGAAAAGCUGCGAUCUUGACACUGUUCACGCAGCGGAGUCAAGUCUCUACCGCGACGAAGGCCCUUUGAGAUACCCUAUCCUUGAAGCGUCUGCAUCAGUCAAAAUGAGCGACGCGGCGGCCAACGAGGCCGAGAAGAACAUCGAGAUCUGGAAGGUGAAAAAGUUGAUCAGACGCCUCGAGGCAGCGCGAGGAAAUGGAACCUCCAUGAUUUCGCUCAUCAUCCCCCCAAAGGACCAGAUUUCUCGAUCAGCAAAGAUGUUGGCAGAAGAAUACGGUACUGCUUCCAACAUCAAAUCCCGUGUUAAUCGACAAUCCGUUCUUUCAGCCAUUACUUCCACUCAACAGAGGUUGAAAUUGUACAACAAAGUGCCACCCAACGGCCUGGUUGUAUACUGUGGUGAAAUCCUGACGUCUGAAGGGAAGGAAAGAAAGGUCAACAUCGACUUCGAACCGUUCAAACCGAUCAAUACUUCCUUGUAUCUUUGCGACAACAAGUUUCAUACAGAGGCACUUGCAGAACUCCUGGAGUCUGACCAGAAGUUUGGUUUCAUUAUCAUGGACGGUAACGGAGCGCUCUUCGGUACUCUAAGUGGUAAUACGCGUGAUGUGGUUCACAAGUUUACUGUCGAUUUACCGAAGAAACACGGUCGUGGAGGGCAGUCUGCUCUUCGAUUCGCACGUCUUCGUGAGGAAAAGCGUCAUAACUAUGUCCGCAAGGUUGCUGAACUUGCAGUGCAAAACUUCAUUACCAACGACAAGGUCAACGUCGCUGGCAUUAUUUUGGCUGGUUCAGCAGAUUUCAAAAACGAUCUAAACCAAUCAGAUUUGUUUGACCAGCGCCUCCAGGCCAAGGUCAUCAAGGUUGUUGACGUGUCCUACGGUGGAGAGAACGGCUUCAAUCAAGCCAUUGAACUCUCGGCUGAGACUCUCAGUAAUGUCAAGUUCAUCCAGGAGAAGAGACUGAUCGGGAAGUAUUUCGAAGAGAUCAGUCAAGACACUGGCCGUGUUUGUUAUGGAGUUGAGGAUACUUUGAAGGCUCUAGAACUCGGUGCAGUUGAGACCCUGAUUGUAUUUGAGAACCUCGAGAUAAAUCGAUGGGUUCUCAAGGAUUCCACCGGGACUGUGCACACCCUUCACACCACAAAGCAGUCGGAGGUGAGCAACCGUGAGCAGUUCAUGGACAAGGAGUCUGGACAAGAAAUGGAAGUCGUGUCACAGGAAUCGUUCCUUGAGUGGAUUGCCGAGAAGUACAAGGAUUUCGGCACCACUCUGGAAUUCGUUUCCGACCGUUCUAGUGAGGGCAACCAAUUCGUCAAGGGAUUUGGUGGAAUUGGUGGCCUCCUCCGUUACAAGGUCAACUUUGAACAGUUAGCUGAAGUCGAUGAAGACGAUGAUGAGUAUUAUGACGAUUGACAGUUUGAUGACCUCGCAUUGAGCGAGGAACCAACUCCAGCUGUCCCGUCGAAUCAGAACCUGCCACACCGCCAUCCUGCCGUGCAGCAGAUCAAAAAGCAGCCCGCAGACCAUGCUGGUAGCAUUCUGAAAGGAGGAGCCGUGGCCCGCCCCAGCCCCCUCCGAUCCAUGAUGACGGCUUCUUGAGUUGAGCAUACAGAUAUCAGAGGAUGAAUGCCCCACUGUUUUGGGGACAUGCUGAUGUUUUCUGAUGAAAUGAUUGCGAAGGAAAUGUGCAUGGGUAGAUUGCUUUUUGUUAGGGAUUAGACCGUCUUUCUGAUUCUGCCAAGGCUUAGACUUUAUCAAGUUUACCUUUGACAGAUCGAGAUACCAUACCAAAUCCAAGACUACUUGCCCUCC